UGCGUCACGGACCUUCGGGCGCCGAGCUCCUGAGACGGCGGCAGCUGCGGCCUCGGCGCUGGCGUCCGUCGCGCGGACCCCGCUCGGCGGCGCGAUGCGGCGUAGCAAGGCGGACGUGGAGCGGUACAUCGCCUCAGUGCAGGGCUCCGCUCCGUCGCCCCGAGAGAAGUCAAUGAAAGGAUUCUAUUUUGCGAAGCUGUAUUAUGAAGCUAAAGAAUAUGAUCUUGCUAAAAAAUAUAUAUCUACAUAUAUUAAUGUGCAAGAAAGGGAUCCCAAAGCUCACAGAUUUCUUGGUCUUCUUUACGAAGCAGAGGAAAACAUAGACAAAGCUGUCGAAUGUUACAAGCGUUCAGUGGAAUUAAACCCAACGCAAAAAGAUCUUGUGUUGAAGAUUGCAGAAUUGCUCUGUAAAAAUGAUGUUAGUGAUGGAAGAGCAAAAUACUGGGUUGAAAGAGCAGCUAAACUUUUUCCAGGAAGUCCUGCAAUUUAUAAACUAAAGGAACGGCUUUUAGAUUGUAAAGGUGAAGAUGGAUGGAAUAAACUGUUCGACUUGAUUCAGUCAGAACUUUACUCAAGACCUGAUGAUGUCCAUGUGAAUAUCAGAUUGGUAGAGCUGUAUCGCUCGGACAAGAGACUGAGGGAUGCUGUGAGCCACUGCCACAAGGCAGAGAGAAACAUGGCCUUGCGUUCAAGUUUAGAGUGGAAUUCCUGUGUGGUACAGACCCUUAAGGAAUAUCUGGAAUCUUCAGAGUGUUUGGAGUCAGAUGACAGUAACUGGCGAGCGACCAAUAGGGACUUACUUGUGGCCUAUGGUAACCUAAUGUUCCUUACACUGUCCACAAGAGAUGUUCAGGAGAGCAGGGAGUUACUGGAAAGUUUUGAUAGUGCUCUUCAGUCUGUGAAAUCUUGUGUGGGUGGAAACGAUGAACUUUCAGAUACCUUCUUAGAAAUGAAAGGACAUUUCUACAUGCAUGCUGGCUCUCUGCUUUUGAAGAUGGGUCAGCACAGUGAUGUGCAGUGGCGGGCGCUCUCGGAGCUGGCUGCCUUGUGCUAUCUCAUAGCAUUUCAGGUUCCAAGACCAAAGAUUAAAUUGAUAAAAGAAGCUGGGCAAAAUCUGCUGGAAAUGAUGGCCUAUGAUCGUCUGAGCCAAUCAGGGCAUAUGCUGCUAAACUUAAGUCGUGACAAGCAAGAUUUUUUAAAAGAGGUUGUAGAAUCCUUUGCCAAUAAAAGCGGGCAGUCUGCUUUAUAUGAUGCUCUAUUUUCUAGUCAGUCCCCUAAGGCCCGAUCUUUCCUUGGUAACGAUGACUUUGGAUGCAUUGAUGUGCAAGCCCCAGAGCCUGAUGAUUUGGCUAGAUAUGAUGUUGGUGCUGUUCGAGCACAUAAUGGUUGUCUUCAGCACCUUACCUGGCUUGGCUUACAGUGGAAAUCACUGUCUGCCUCACCUGCAGUUCGAAAGUGGCUGAAACAGCUUUUUCAUCAUUUGCCCCAGGAAACCUCACGACUUGAAACAAAUGCACCGGAAUCAAUAUGUAUUUUAGAUCUUGAGGUAUUUCUACUUGGGGUAAUAUAUACCAGCCACUUACAAUUAAAGGAGAAGUGUAAUUCUCACUGCAGCUUCUAUCAGCCUCUAUGCUUGCCACUUCCUGUAUGUAAACAGCUUUGCACAGAAAGGCAGAAAUCAUGGUGGGAUGCGGUUUGUAAUCUCCUUCACAGGAAAGCAGUACCUGGAGCCUCAGCAAAAUUGCGACUUCUAGUUCAGCAUGACAUAAACACUCUCAGGGGCCAGGGGAAACACGGCCUUCAGCCUGCUCUGCUUGUGCACUGGGCACAGUCCCUUCAGAAAACAGGCAGUGGUCUUAAUUCUUUUUAUGACCAACGAGAAUACAUAGGCAGAAGUGUUCACUAUUGGAAGGUGGUUUUGCCAUUGUUGAAGAUUAUCAAAAAGAAGAGUAGUAUCCCUGAACCUAUUGACCCUUUGUUUAAACAUUUUCAUAGUGCAGACAUUCAGGCAUCUGAAAUUUGUGAAUAUGAAGAGGAAGCACACAUAACCUUCGCUGUACUGGAUGCAGUUAAUGGAAACAUAGAAGAUGCCAUGACUGCUUUUGAAUCUAUUAAUAACGUCAUUUCUUAUUGGAAUCUUGCACUGAUUUUUCGCAGAAAAGCAGAAGACAUUGAAAAUGAUGCACUUUCUUGUGAAGAACAGGAAGAAUGCAAAAAUUACCUGAGAAAGACCAGAGACUACCUGAUAAAGAUUUUAGAUGACACUGAUGUAGAUCCCUCAGUGGUUAAGAAAUUGCCUGUGUCCCUAGAGUCUGUGAAAGAGAUGCUCAACUCAGUCAUGGAGGAACUUGCCGGCUGCAGUGAGGCAGGGCUUCUUUAUAGAAAUACAGAUUCAGAAAUAAAACACUCUACACCAUCUCCUACCAAAUACUCUUUAUCACCAAAUAAAAGUUACAAGUAUUCUAAAACACCUCCUCAGUGGGCAGAAGAUCAAAGUUCUUUGCUGAAAAUGAUCUGUGAACAAGUAGAGGCCAUUAAGAAAGAAAUGCAGGAGUUGAAACUAAAUAGCAGUAACUCGGGCUCCCCUUGUCGUUGGCCUACAGAAAAUUAUGGGCCAGAUUCAGGGCCUGAUGGCUAUCAAGGGUCACAGAAUUAUCAUGGGGCUCCACUAACAGUUGCAACUACUGGCCCUUCAGUAUAUUAUAGUCAGUCACCAGCAUAUAAUUCCCAGUAUCUUCUCAGACCAGCAGCUAAUGUUACUCCCACAAAGGGCCCGGUCUAUGGCAUGAAUAGGCUUCCACCUCAGCAGCAUAUGUACACCUACUCCCAGCAGGUGCACACACCACCCGUGCAGAGCUCGUCUGCUUGUAUGUUCUCUCAAGAGGUGUAUGCGCCUCCGCUGCGAUUUGAGUCUCCUGCAACGGGAAUUCUGUCACCCAGGGGUGAUGAUUACUUUAAUUACAAUGUUCAGCAGACAAGCACAAAUCCACCUUUGCCAGAACCAGGUUAUUUCACAAAACCUCCAGUUGCAGCUCAUGCUUCAAGAUCUUCAGAAUCUAAGGUUAUAGACUUUGGGAAAACCAGUUUUGUUCAGCCUGGACCAGGUGAAGGAAUGAGGCCACCUUUGGCAGCACCUGCACAUACUACACAGCCAGCUCCUUUUAAAUUUAACUCAAAUUUCAAAUCAAAUGAUGGUGACUUCACGUUUUCCUCACCACAGGUUGUGGCACAGCCCCCUUCUACAACUUAUAAUAAUAGUGAGAGCCUUUUAGGUCUCCUGACUUCAGAUAAACCUUUACAGGGAGAUAGCUUCAGUGGACCAAAAGCUGCUCAAACCAUUGGUCCUCGAAAUGCAUUCAAUUUUGGAAGCAAAAAUGUGCCUGGAAUUUCAUUUACUGAAAACAUGGGCCCAGUUCAACAAAAGAAUUCUGGUUUUCGACGCAGUGAUGAUAUGUUCACCUUCCACAGUCCAGGGAAGUCAAUAUUUGCAACACCUGCUGCAGAGCUGGCCAACAGGAGUCAUGAAGCAGACGGAGGGAGUGCCCACGGGGACGAUGACGAUGAUGGACCUCACUUUGAGCCUGUGGUGCCUCUUCCCGAUAAGAUAGAAGUAAAAACUGGAGAGGAAGAUGAGGAAGAAUUCUUCUGCAACCGUGCCAAGUUGUUUCGUUUUGAUGUAGGAUCCAGAGAAUGGAAGGAGCGUGGAACUGGCAAUGUGAAGAUACUGAGGCACAAAACCUCUGGCAAAAUUCGCCUACUGAUGAGACGAGAGCAGGUGUUGAAAAUCUGUGCAAAUCACUACAUCAGCCCGCACAUGGCCCUGGUACCCAACGCCGCCUCGGACAGGUCCUUCGUGUGGUAUGCUGUGGACUAUGCAGAUGAGUCGCCCAAGCCAGAACAGCUGGCUAUCAGGUUCAAAACACCCGAGGAAGCAGCCCUCUUUAAGUGCAAGUUUGAAGAGGCCCAGAGCAUGUUAAAAGCUUCAGGAGCAAACACAGCCACAACCACAAAUCAGGCUACGAGGUCUGUAAAAGAACCCACAAGUCAUGACAGUAAGGAUCUUGGCAACUCUGAUGCUGGAAACAUGAAUUUUGAAUUUCAGGUCCCAAGGAAAGAAGGGUCUUGGUGGCAUUGUAGCAGCUGCUCCUUAAAGAACGCUGCAACUGCUAAGAAAUGUGUAUCCUGCCAAAACCUAAACCCAAGCAGUAAAGAGCUCCUUAGCCAACCAUUAGUUGACACUGUUUCCACUCCUAAACCUGGCUCAGAAAAUGCUCCAGAUAGAUUUACAGUUAUGCCUCCAAAGAAAGAAGGGCACUGGGAUUGUAGUAUUUGUUUAUUAAGAAAUGAACCCACUGUAUCCAGAUGCACUGCAUGCCAGAAUACAAAGCCUGCUAACAAGAGUGGAUCUUCAUUUGUUCAGCAAGCUUCCUUUAAGUUUGGCCAGGGAGACCUUCCUAAGUCUGCUGGCAGUGAUUUCAGGUCUGUUUUUUCAAUAAAGGAAGGACAGUGGGACUGUAGUGUGUGCCUAGUGCGAAAUGAAGGAAGUUCUAUGAAAUGUGUGGCUUGUCAGAAUCCAAAGAAACAGAGUUCACCUGCUUCUGCUGCCCCCGCACCUCCCUUCUUUAAGUUUGGUACUUCAGAGACAAGCAAAGCUCCAAAGAAUGGAUUUGACGGGGUUUUUGCCAAAAAGGAAGCACAGUGGGACUGCAGUGUGUGCUUAGUGCGAAAUGAAGGAAGUUCUGUGAGAUGUGUGGCUUGUCAGAAUCCAAAGAAACAGAGUUCACCUGCUGCGCCUGCACCUGCCUCCUUUAAGUUUGGUACUUCAGAGACAAGCAAGGUGCCAAAGAAUGGAUUUGAGGGGGUUUUCACCAAGAAGGAAGGACAGUGGGAUUGCAGUGUUUGCUUCGUGCGAAAUGAGGCAAGUGCGGCCAAGUGUGUGGCCUGUCAGAAUCCAGGCAGACAGGAACCUCUGGGCCCUGCUGCCCCUGCCUCUUCAGAGACGAGCAAGGCUCCACGGAGUGGGCUUGAAGGGAUGUUCACCAAGAAGGAAGGACAGUGGGACUGCAGCGUGUGCUUGGUGCAAAAUGAAGGAAGUUCUAUGAAAUGUGUGGCUUGUCAGAAUGCAAAGAGUUCACCUGCCUCUGCUGUCCCUGCACCUGCCUCGUUUAAGUUUGGUACUUCAGAGACAAGCAAGGCUCCAAGGAGUGGAUUUGAAGGGAUGUUCACCAAGAAGGAAGGACAGUGGGAUUGCAGCACCUGCUCUGUACAAAAUGAGAGUUCUUCUUCAAAAUGUGUGGCUUGUGAUGCCUCUAAACCAACCCAUAAACCUGUUGUAGAAGAACCUUCAGCUUUCUCACUGGGCUCAACAACUAAGGUAAAUGACUCUUCUGGAAGUCAGGUGGGAACAGGAUUUAAAAGUAACUUUUCAGAAAAAGCCUUUAAAUUUGGCAACACAAAACAAGGAUUUAAAUUUGGGCAUGUGGAUCAAGAAAAUACACCUUCAUUUACAUUUCAGGGUUCUUCUAAUACAGAUUCUAAGUCAACAAAAGGAGGAUUUAGUUUUUCUGUCCCUGUGUCUGCUGAUGGGUUUAAAUUUGGCAUUGAAGAGCCAGGAAAUCAGGAAAAGAAUGAAAAGCCCUUUGGAAACGAUGCUGGUUGUCAGGCUCAGGAUGCUGGUGGUCAGAAGGAUGGGAGUGCUGUGGUUUUUGGUCAAACUGGAAGCACUUUUACCUUUGCAGAUCUUGCAAAAUCAGCUUCAGGAGAAGGGUUUCAGUUUGGCAAAAAAGACCCUAACUUCAAGGGAUUUUCGGGUGCCGGAGAGAAAUUAUUCUCAUCACAAAGUGGUAAAAUGACUGAUAAAGCUGAGAUUUCUACUGAUCUUGAGAAAGAUGAUGAUGCCUACAAGACUGAGGACUCUGACGACAUCCAUUUUGAACCCGUCGUCCAGAUGCCUGAAAAAGUGGAGCUUGUCACUGGAGAAGAAGACGAGAAAGUUCUUUACUCACAGCGGGUAAAACUGUUUAGGUUUGAUGCUGAAAUAAGUCAGUGGAAAGAAAGGGGCUUGGGGAACUUAAAGAUUCUCAAAAAUGAAGUCAACGGCAAACUAAGGAUGCUGAUGCGGCGAGAGCAGGUGCUGAAGGUGUGUGCCAACCACUGGAUCACCACUACCAUGCACCUGAAGCCCCUGUCAGGGUCUGACAGGGCCUGGAUGUGGUUGGCCAGUGAUUUUUCUGAUGGCGACGCCAAACUAGAGCAGCUGGCAGCAAAAUUCAAGACACCUGAACUGGCUGAAGAAUUCAAGCAGAAAUUUGAGGAAUGCCAGCGACUUCUGUUAGAUAUCCCGCUGCAGACCCCCCAUAAACUUGUGGACACCGGCAGAGCUGCCAAAUUAAUACAGAGGGCAGAGGAAAUGAAGAGCGGACUGAAAGACUUUAAGACAUUUUUGACGAACGAGCAAACAAAAGUCCCCGACCAGGAGAGUAAGAGUUCAGGAGAAGGUGCUGCCGGUGCUUUGGAGGCAAGCAGCACGCCGAAUCCCGAGGCCCCUGGGCCUGCCCUGGAGUGGGACAACUAUGACCUGAGGGAAGACACGCUGGACACCAGCGUGAGCAGCAGCUCCGUGCAUGCCUCCCCCCUGGCCAGCAGCCCUGUAAAGAAGAAUCUCUUCCGCUUCGGGGAGUCAACCACCGGAUUUAACUUCAGUUUUAAAUCUGCUCUGAGUCCCUCUAAGUCUCCGGCCAAGUUGAAUCAGAGCGGGGCCUCUGUGGGCACAGAUGAGGACUCGGACGUGACUCAGGAGGAGGAGAGAGACGGACAGCACUUCGAGCCCGUCGUCCCGCUGCCUGAUCUGGUCGAGGUGUCCAGUGGUGAGGAGAACGAACAGGUGGUUUUUAGCCACAGAGCCAAACUUUAUAGGUAUGAUAAAGAUGCCGGCCAGUGGAAAGAGAGAGGCAUUGGUGACAUAAAGAUUUUACAGAAUUACGACAAUAAGCAAGUUCGCAUAGUGAUGAGAAGGGACCAGGUAUUAAAACUUUGUGCCAACCACAGGAUAACUCCAGACAUGACUUUGCAAAGUAUGAAAGGGACAGAAAGAGUAUGGGUGUGGACUGCUUGUGAUUUUGCAGAUGGAGAAAGAAAAGUAGAGCAUUUAGCUGUCCGUUUUAAACUUCAGGACGUUGCAGACUCAUUUAAGAAAAUAUUUGAUGAAGCAAAAAUAGCCCAAGAAAAAGAUUUUUUGAUAACACCUCAUGUUUCUCGUUCAACCACUCCCAGAGAGUCACCAUGUGGCAAAAUUGCUGUUGCUGUGCUGGAAGAAACCACAAGAGAGCGGACAGACUUGGUUCAGGGUGAUGAGGGAGCAGAUGCAGCCUCAGAAGUUGGCAGGGUGUCUGGCACGCCUGAAGCAACAACAAAAGCAGUGGUUUCGCCUCCAAAGUUUGUGUUUGGUUCUGAGUCUGUUAAAAGCAUUUUUAGCAGUGAAAAAUCAAAACCAUUUGCAUUUGGCAACAGUUCAGCAACUGGGUCUCUUUUUGGAUUUAGUUUUAAUGCACCUUUGAAAAAUAACAGUAGUGAGGCCAGUCCAGCAGCCCAGAGUGGAUCUGGAAGAAGAGUGGAGCCCGGUGGUUGCCAGGAGUCACAGAACCCCAGUCUCAGGCCUUCCUUGGAUGGUGGAGUUGGAGCCCCCUCUCCUGCUUCAACGAAGGCCGAGUCCUCGGCCAGUCACACGCUUCACACGCCAGAAAAGGGAUUUAAUUUUAGCCUUUUUAAGUCUAAUCCAAUGGCUUUUUGGACCAGCACUCCUUCCUCACAGCCUGAGAGCAAAGCGGAAGAGAAGAAAAAGCCUGAAGACCUUCCCUCGGAUGAUGAUGUUCUCAUUGUAUAUGAGUUGACCCCAACUCCUGAGCAAAAAGCUCUUGCAAUCAGACUUCAGCUUCCUCCCACUUUCUUCUGCUAUAAGAACCGGCCAGGAUACGUCAGCGAAGAGGAAGAGGAUGAUGAAGAUUUCGACACAGCUGUCAAGAAACUUAACGGAAAACUAUAUCUGGAUGAUUCAGAAAAAUGUAGACCAUCAGAACAAAGUCUCACAGAUAAUGAGAAAGAAUGCGUUAUUGUUUGGGAAAAGAAACCAACAGUUGAAGAGAAGGCAAAAGCAGACACCUUGAAGCUUCCACCUACGUUCUUUUGUGGAGUCUGCAGUGACACAGAUGAGGACAAUGGGAAUGGAGAGGACUUUCAGUCGGAGCUUCACAAGGUUCAGGAAGCUCAAAAAUCCCAGAAUGUGGAAAUAACUGGCAUGGCUUACAGUGUGUGUACAGGUGGCGCUAAAGUGACUGUACCGUUUUUGGGUAAAUCUGAAGAACCAGAUUUUACUACCAAAUCUAUUACUUCACCACCUUUUUCUUCUGGAACUGGUGACAAACCUGUGGAUUUAUCUACUAAAAAGGAAAGUGAUGCAGAUUCUGAAAACCAAGUGGACAGCACAACAGUUUCAUUUGGAUUUGGAAGUAGCACAGGACUGUCAUUUGCAGAUUUGGCAUCCAGUAAUUCUGGGGAUUUUGCUUUUGGCUCCAAAGAUAAGAAUUUCCAGUGGGCAAAUACUGGAGCAGCUGUGUUCAGAGCACAGUCGACCAGCAAAGGUGGCGAAGACGAAGAUGGCAGUGACGAAGAGGUGGUUCACAAUGAAGACAUCCACUUUGAACCAAUAGUGUCAUUACCAGAGGUAGAAGUAAAAUCUGGAGAAGAAGAUGAAGAAGUUUUAUUUAAAGAGCGAGCCAAACUUUACAGGUGGGAUCGAGAGGUCAGUCAGUGGAAGGAGCGUGGGGUCGGAGACAUAAAGAUCCUCUGGCACACGAUGAAGAGUUACUAUCGGAUCCUCAUGCGCAGGGACCAGGUCUUUAAAGUGUGUGCAAAUCAUGUCAUCACCAAAACCAUGGAAUUGAAACCCUUGAAUGUCUCCAACAAUGCUUUAGUUUGGACUGCCUCAGACUAUGCUGAUGGAGAAGCCAAAGUGGAACAGCUUGCAGUGAGAUUUAAAACUAAAGAAAUGGCUGAUUGUUUUAAGAAAACCUUUGAAGAAUGUCAACAGAAUUUGUUGAAACACCAGAAAGGACAGACAUCACUAACAGCAGAGUUAUCAAAGGAGACAAAUCCUGUGGUGUUUUUUGAUGUUUGUGCAGAUGAUGAACCUCUAGGACGCAUAACCAUGGAAUUAUUUUCAAACGUUGUUCCUCAGACCGCUGAGAACUUCAGAGCACUGUGCACUGGAGAGAAGGGCUUCGGUUACAAGCACUCCAUCUUCCACAGAGUGAUCCCAGAUUUUGUUUGCCAAGGGGGAGACAUCACCAAACAUGAUGGAUCGGGAGGACGGUCCAUUUAUGGAGAUAAAUUUGAAGAUGAAAACUUUGAUGUGAAACAUACUGUUCCUGGCUUACUGUCAAUGGCCAAUCGAGGCCAGAAUACCAACAAUUCUCAAUUUUUCAUAACACUGAAAAAAGCAGAACAUUUGGACUUUAAGCAUGUAGUAUUUGGCUUUGUUAAGGAUGGCAUGGAUACUGUGAAAAAGAUUGAAUCAUUUGGUUCUCCUAAAGGGUCAGUUAGUCGAAGAAUUACUAUCGUAGAAUGUGGACAGAUACAGUAAAAUCAUUGUUUCAGUAAAUUUUACUUGUAUAAACCGUUGAACUAAAGCCUAGCUGUUAUGACAAUAUAUGGUAAUUAUGUUCAGCUUUUGAAAAUGGACGUUUCCAAUGUAUAAAUGUAAAAUUGCAGCUUAUAGCUGUUGUCGCUUUUUAAUGUGUUAUAAUUGACCUUGCAUGGUGUGAAAUAAACGUUUAAACACUGGUGUAUUUCAGGUGUACUUGUGUUUAUGUACUCCUGACAUCUGUAUUAAAGUGGAAUAAUACUUAUUUUGUUCAAAGCAAUAGACCUUCUCAAACUAUUGAAGGAUAUAUAUGCAAUUUAAUUUUAAUUCCUUUUAUGAUAUUGGACUUCCUGCAUGAAUAUACUUACUGUUUGAAUAAAGGGACCAUGACUUGGAUAAUUUUUCUUUUAGAUUUGGAAUAUAUUUUGUAAUUUUAACUAUUGGUGUGCUCAUUUAUGAAUAGAGAUUCACGUGAAUGGAUGGAGCCACAGAGGGUAGAAACUUAACCAAAGUGCUCUUCUAUAAAUUCUUGCACAUCCUGUAUAGUUAAAUUAACUUUUAAGCAAAGUAACUUCUUUCCUUAAAAAAGAUAUGAAGCUUCCAAGGUAUUAAAUUAAUUUUUACAUUUUAAACAAGUUGAUUAUUUACAUUUUUAGAAAAAAUCUUUGUCAUCUGUUUCUGCUACCUCAAACUGCACUUGGUUCUGAGAGAACUUGAAUUUUUCCUUGCAGUUAUUGUGAUAAAGUAUGCAUAUUUUAAAAAGGUCUAUACCAUGUUCUUUGGUUAAAGAUUUGCUUUAUACUAGAUUGUUGCAGUACCUUUUUCUGGUGAAUUUUUGUAGCAAAAAUAAAGUGACAAUUGUUAACAGCCAUGACAUUUAAAAAAUUCA